AUGAUGGAAGACAAUAAGCAGCUCGCGCUCCGCAUCGAUGGGGCGGUCCAGUCGGCCAGCCAGGAGGUGACCAACCUGCGAGCCGAACUCACGGCCACCAACCGGAGACUGGCGGAACUGAGCGGCGGCGGCGGCCCCGGCCCGGGCCCGGGAGCGGCGGCCAGCGCCUCGGCGGCGGCGGCGGCGGCGGCGGACUCGGCGGCGGCGAACAUGGAGAACCAGCAGCUCGGCGCGCAAGUGCUCCUGCGGGAAGAAGUGUCUCGGCUCCAGGAGGAAGUUCACCUUCUCCGGCAGAUGAAGGAGAUGCUGGCAAAGGACCUGGAGGAGUCACAGGGCGGCAAGUCCUCCGAGGUCCUCUCAGCCACCGAGCUCAGGGUCCAGCUGGCCCAGAAAGAACAGGAGCUAGCCAGAGCCAAAGAAGCCUUGCAGGCCAUGAAAGCCGAUCGAAAGCGCUUAAAGGGUGAGAAGACAGACCUGGUGAGCCAGAUGCAGCAGCUGUACGCCACACUGGAGAGCCGCGAGGAGCAGCUCCGCGACUUCAUCCGCAACUACGAGCAGCACCGCAAGGAGAGCGAGGACGCGGUCAAAGCCCUGGCCAAGGAGAAGGACCUCCUGGAGCGCGAGAAAUGGGAACUGCGGCGCCAAGCCAAGGAGGCUACAGACCACGCCACGGCGCUGCGCUCCCAGCUGGACCUCAAGGACAACCGGAUGAAGGAGCUGGAGGCCGAGCUGGCCAUGGCCAAGCAGUCCUUAGCGACACUGACUAAGGACGUCCCCAAGCGGCAUUCACUUGCCAUGCCGGGCGAGACGGUGCUCAACGGCAACCAGGAGUGGGUGGUGCAGGCGGACCUCCCGCUGACCGCAGCCAUCCGGCAGAGUCAGCAGACCCUCUACCACUCACACCCCCCGCACCCUGCAGACCGGCAAGCAGUCAGGGUGAGCCCCUGCCACUCCCGGCAGCCCUCUGUCAUCUCCGAUGCAUCUGCUGCAGAAGGGGACCGGUCAUCCACGCCGAGCGACAUCAACUCCCCUCGACACCGGACGCAUUCCCUCUGCAACGGCGACAGUCCCGGCCCGGUCCAGAAGAACCUGCACAACCCUAUUGUACAGUCACUAGAGGAUCUUGAAGACCAAAAACGGAAAAAAAAGAAAGAGAAGAUGGGAUUCGGCUCCAUCUCACGCGUCUUCGCCAGGGGGAAGCAGCGGAAAUCCCUCGACCCCGGCCUCUUUGAUGACUCGGACAGCCAGUGCAGCCCCACGCGGCAGAGCCUCAGCCUGUCAGAGGGUGAGGAGCAGAUGGACCGGCUACAGCAGGUGGAGCUGGUCAGGACCACCCCCAUGUCGCACUGGAAAGCCGGAACCGUCCAGGCCUGGCUGGAGGUGGUCAUGGCCAUGCCCAUGUACGUCAAGGCCUGUGCAGAGAACGUGAAGAGCGGGAAGGUGCUGCUGAGCCUGAGUGACGAGGAUCUGGAGCUGGGCCUGGGCGUGUGCAGCUCCCUGCACCGGCGCAAGCUCCGCCUGGCCAUCGAGGACUACCGCGACGCCGAGGCGGGCAGGAGUCUGUCCAAAGCUGCUGACCUGGAUCAUCACUGGGUGGCCAAGGCCUGGCUGAAUGACAUCGGCCUGUCCCAGUACUCCCAGGCCUUCCAAAACCACCUAGUUGACGGGCGGAUGCUGAAUUCCCUGAUGAAGCGGGACCUGGAGAAGCAUCUGAACGUGUCCAAGAAGUUCCACCAGGUCAGCAUCCUGCUGGGGAUUGAGCUGCUGUACCAAGUGAACUUCAGCAGGGAGGCUCUCCAGGAGCGUCGGGCCCGCUGCGAGACACAGAACACUGACCCCGUGGUCUGGACCAACCAGCGGGUGCUCAAGUGGGUGCGAGAUAUCGACCUAAAGGAGUACGCAGACAACCUGACCAACAGUGGCGUCCACGGUGCCGUACUGGUGCUGGAACCCACGUUCAACGCCGAGGCCAUGGCCACUGCCCUGGGCAUCCCCAGUGGGAAGCACAUCCUCCGGAGACACCUGGCGGAAGAGAUGAGCACCAUUUUCCACCCAGCCAACUCCACAGGCAUCCGGGAGGCUGAGCGUUUUGGGACGCCCCCCGGGAGGGCCUCCAGCACCCCCCGGGCAGGAAAGGAGGAGAACAGCAGCAGCACCAAGCACAAGGCUGGCCGGCUGCCCCUGGGGAAGAUAGGAAGAGGCUUCAGCAGCAAAGACCCCGAUUUCCAUGAUGACUAUGGCUCUCUUCAAAACGAAGAUUGUGGAGAUGAUGACCCACAGGGCAGGCCAGAGCAGUGCCGUCUGGAAGGCUACAAUGGCCUGGAGGUCACCAAUGUGUAA